ACCAGGCACAACAGCACGACGGAAGGUAAAUGGUAAACAUUGUCCUGCUUGUUAUAGUUUACAACGACUACUUUCACGAGACUCGAGUAACUCACCACAACUGACUGAAAGCUACAUACAGGUAUAUAUACUUUAUUUUUCGCGACAUUACAAGCUGACAAGGAUUUGUCUGACUUCCUUAAUCGCUCCGAGAAGACUGGAAACUAUCCCAACUGACUGGAGCUAUAAUUAAUCUGAAACCUCGUCUCAGCAUGGCGAGUAACCUCGUCUCGAAGCUGCUCCGUCCGCCAUUCCUCACACAAUUUUCGUCCCUCCGGUCAGGCUGCUUGCCCCGGGGACAGGCGGCGGCGGUGGCGACGGGGACCAGACACUCCUCCAGCGACGCUCCUCCGGAGAAAAUCAGCCGCUAUCCAGUUCCUUACAAGAAAGACUUACCUUAUGAUAUUGUGGAGCUCAUGGAGGAAGUGGAGUCAAAGGGAGGCUUUUUGCCCAAUGUCUUCAAAGUCCUCUCUCACAGGCCAUCAGAGUUCAGAGCCUUCUUCGCCUACUACAGCGAGCUGAUGAACAAAGAGACAGGCAGAUUAACCAAAGCAGAUCGUGAACUGAUCGUAGUGGCGACCAGUAUCCACAACAAGUGUCUUUACUGUGUGGUGUCCCACGGUGCGCUGCACCGCAUCUACUCCAAGAAACCCACUCUUUCUGAUCAGGUCGUUGUUAACUAUGAGAACGCGGAACUGGCCCCUCGAGAGCGAGCCAUGCUGGACUUUGCAAUGGCAGUGUGCCGCUGCGACACCAUCACAGAGAAGCACUUUGAGUCUCUGGAGGAAGUUGGCUUUGACCGCGAGGAUGCCUGGGACAUUGCUGCCAUAGUGGCUUUCUUUGCCAUGUCCAACCGACUCGCACACCUCACCGACAUGAGGCCAAACCAAGAAUUUUUUAACAUGGGCCGUAUGCCACGGGACAAGAGCAAGGACAAGGCAGGAGAUGGCAAGUGAAACAAAAGUGGAGUUAAAGGUGAGAUUAUCAAAUGUCAAAGAUCAUAUGAGACCCAUCUGCACAAAAUCAGUCGCAUUGCACCUUGGGCUAUUAUGCGUAAACAAAAGUGCCAUGUUGCUACCACAUUACACAAAUCACAGGACAGGACUGGCUGGCAGUGACACAUUGCUUGCGGCACCUGCGCACAAGGGAUUUACGUGGCUUCUUUCUGGUGUUACCGCUCAUGCACGCUGACAGUAUGUGACAGCAAUAUGGAGCGAAGUAUUAUUACGCCCUGUAAUAUUACAUACUACCUACAUGUAGAAAACAACUAAAUGGACCGAUCUAAGUAAUAAACUCAAAAUCAUUAUUUUAUCAUGUGUUAACGUAAUUCAGGCUGUAUCUCGGAUAUAGCCCAAGGCACACUGCGACUGAUUUCAUGCAGAUGGGUCACAUAUGUGACACUGACAGUAUGUUCACUCUGCAGCAAAAAAAUAUCUCAGUCCUUUUUUAUGUUCUUAUCUUUCCCUGUCAUGUGAACGAUCAGAUGUUUUCUGAUGUAUGGUGAAAUAAGAUGCAAUAUCAGAUCUAUGGGUUUGCAACCCUAAAAGCGAAUACAUUUGAAUGUUAACAACUGCAACUACUGAAUGACUACAACUACAAACUAACAUGGAAACAAAGUGAGACAACAGAUGUUAAUAUUUUAGUAAAUGUUCAAAAUCAAUCAGAAGUCUCACAUUGUAUCCAAAGUGUUUUUAAAAAAACCUGCAGGAUUGUUUGAUGUUACAGCCUUCCACUGUAAACAUAACCCUAAACAUGUUACUGUCUUUAUAAUCCUUACUUGUACAAUAUACAGCAUGAGAAAGACUCCAGAUUUUAAAGACUUAAAAGAGACAAUCUGAGUUUGUGACAUGUAUACCGUACCCUUAUGUAUGUGUGUUGUGGGAGCAGUCAUGGAUUAUUUGGUGACUUCAUUUAAACAAUUUGCCACUGUGUUUAAAUGUAGCCAUAAUGUCUGUUUAUUUAGAUGUUUUAAAUUGUAGGUGGUUCACUUGACACUUUAAGCUGUGUAAGAUUUAGUUGCGAAGUGUAACUGAAAAGUGCUUUCCUGAGUCGUUCCUGUGUCUUCUAAAUAAAACGAAUAAAAACAUCAAAAUUCUUUAUACUUAAGAUUUAACACUAUGUUUCAACUUUGUGGCUGAAAUAAAAAAAAUAAGACAGUAA